CUCAACCCCAGCCGGCCAGCCACCCCCCCUCCCGCAGGGCGGCCAUGGCGAUCCCGCGCCUGCGCUCCCUCCCCCUCCCCCUACUCCUCGUCGUCCUCCUCCGCGCCUUCGCCUCGCUCCCCCUCCAAGCCGCCGCGAGAGGCGGCGUCGGCCCGUCGCCAGGCAUCGCCGUUGAGAAACAUGGGGCAUUUUCGCGCGGUCUUCUUCAGGAUAUGCCUGAGAUCACGGAUGAAAUGGUUCGCGGAUAUAUGAGCAACUCUGAACUUGAGGGUGCUGUACAAGACUUUGGGAGGCGCUGUGCUAAUGUCUCCAGGAUAUACAGCAUCGGGAAGAGUGUAAAUGGUUCCCCAUUGUGGGCCAUUGAAAUAUCAGACAAGCCUGGGCUAAAAGAAGCUGAACCAGCAUUCAAGUUCAUUGGGAAUGUCCAUGGCGAUGAGCCUGUUGGGAGAGAGGUCCUCAUGCAACUUGCGUAUUGGCUGUGUGAUAACUACCUGAAGGAUCCUUUGGCAACUCUUAUUGUGGAGAACACACACCUUCAUAUACUUCCAUCAAUGAAUCCAGAUGGAUUUGCUCUUAGAAGGCGUGGUAAUGCAAACAAUGUUGAUCUCAACAGAGACUUUCCUGACCAAUUUUUCCCCCUCAACGAUGAUAUUAAGCACCGACAACCUGAAACUAGAGCUAUUAUGAACUGGAUAAAGCAAGAACACUUCACAGCCUCUGCUAGUUUGCAUGGGGGUGCUCUUGUUGCAAAUUAUCCAUGGGAUGGAUCUAGAGAUACAAGAAAACAGUAUUAUGGAUGUCCUGAUGACAAGACAUUCCGGUACAUGGCGUCAGUGUAUAGUCAGUCACACUAUAACAUGUCAUUGAGCAAGGAGUUCGAAGGAGGAAUUACAAAUGGAGCGCUGUGGUAUCCAAUUUAUGGUGGCAUGCAAGACUGGAACUAUAUACACGGAGGCUGCUUUGAGUUAACCCUUGAAAUUAGUGAUGUAAAAUGGCCAAAAGCAUCUGAGCUUCUUGUCAUAUGGAAGCAAAAUAAGUUGAGCAUGCUCAAUCUUGUUGCAAGCCUUGUAAAGAAAUAA